GUUACAGAAGGAAAAAGGAAGAAGUCAUCUUCUGAUUUAUCAGAGAUACGAAAGAUGUUAACUGCAAAACCAGAGGAUGUCCAUGUUCAAUCACCGCUGUCCAAAUUCAGAAACUCAGAACGCUGGGAUAUCUCUUUGCAGGGGUGGAAAAGAAGCCUAAGAAAUAAAGUCAUCUCUCUAGACCAUAAAAAUAAAAAAGGUGUCCAUGGGUAUGCUGUUACUCCUAGGUCAUCACCAGAAAGGCAACUCAAAGUUAUGUUGACGAAUGUCCUAUGGACGGAUUUAGGACGAAAAUUCAGAAAGACCCUACCUAGAAUCGAUGCUAAUUUAUGUGAUGCCUACAAGGUACAAUCAGACUCAUUGCCUUCGACAUCUGUUGACAGCCUAGAGACAUAUCAAAAAUUAGAACCUCUUCACCAAAGCCUUAAUUUUUCUGAAAGGGGCUCACGGCCAGUGGAUACCAAUUCUGCAAAGCAGGCUGCACACACUAAAGAUAAGCGAAGUGAUGAUGAUGACAUUUCUCUUUUAGUGUCUGAUACUCAGCCUAAAGGUUUGUGAACCUUAGAAAACUGUUGAA